AUGAGGAGCGGGCGCGGCGCCUACCGAUGCCUCGCCGCCGCGCCGGCCGCCUGCGCCAUGAACCCCGAGCUGGCGAUGGAGAACCUGGGCAGCCUGCACGGGGCGGCCGGCCAUGAGCCCGAGCUGAUGGGCAGCCCCAGCCCGCACCACGGCGGCCGCGGCCCCGCCGGGCCCCUGCGGGUGCCCCCCCCGCCGCCGCCGCCGCCGCCCCCCCCGCCGCCGCCGCCGCCGCCGCCGCCGCCGCCGCACCAGGAGCUGGCCCCGGCCGCCGCCCGGCCGGCCAUGGUGCCCGGCAUGGCCUCGCUGCUGGACGGCGCCGCCGAGUACCGGCCCGAGCUCUCCAUCCCGCUGCACCACGCCAUGAGCGUGCCCUGCGAGCCCUCGCCGCCCGGCAUGGGCAUGAGCGGCACCUACACCACGCUGACGCCGCUGCAGCCCCUGCCGCCCAUCUCCACCGUGUCCGACAAGUUCCACCACCCGCACGCCCACCCGCACGCCCACCACCACCACCACCACCAGCGCCUCUCGGGCAACGUCGGCGGGAGCUUCGCCCUCAUGCGGGACGAGCGCGGGCUGCCCGCCGUCAACAACCUCUACGGGCCCUACAAGGAGAUGCCGGCCAUGGGGCAGAGCCUGUCCCCGCUGGGCAACGGGCUGGGCGCGCUGCACGGCGCGCAGCAGGGCCUGCACGGCUACGGGCCGCCCGGCCACGACAAGAUGCUCGGCCCCAACUUCGACGCCCACGCGGCCAUGCUGGCGCGGGGCGAGCAGCACCUGCCGCGGGGGCUGGGGACGCCCCCGGCCAUGAUGUCCCACCUGAACGGCAUGCACCCCGCCGCGCACCCCGGCCACCCGCCGGCCCACGGGCCCGGGCUGCCCGCCGGCCGGGAGCGGCCGCCCUCCUCGUCCGGCUCGCAGGUGAGCGGCUCGGGGCAGCUGGAGGAGAUCAACACCAAAGAAGUGGCGCAGCGGAUCACGGCGGAGCUGAAGCGCUACAGCAUCCCCCAGGCCAUCUUCGCCCAGCGGGUGCUGUGCCGUUCUCAGGGGACCCUCUCGGACUUGCUACGGAACCCUAAGCCUUGGAGUAAACUGAAAUCCGGCAGGGAGACCUUCCGGAGGAUGUGGAAAUGGCUGCAGGAACCCGAGUUCCAGAGGAUGUCAGCCUUAAGACUCGCAGCAUGCAAACGCAAAGAGCAGGAGCCGAACAAAGAAAGGAACAACUCCCAGAAGAAAUCUCGUCUGGUUUUCACUGACCUCCAGCGCCGAACGCUUUUCGCCAUCUUCAAGGAGAACAAGCGCCCGUCCAAAGAAAUGCAGAUCACCAUCUCCCAGCAGCUGGGCCUGGAGCUCACCACGGUCAGCAACUUCUUCAUGAACGCGAGGCGGCGCAGCCUGGAGAAGUGGCAGGACGAUCUGAGCACCGGGGGCUCCUCCUCGGCCCCCAGCACUUGUACCAAAGCGUGACCGGGAGCGGCCGGCGCGGCGGAGCCACCGAGCGAGCGGAUGCGCGGCGGGGCCCUUCACUGGUGACUUAAAGCACAAUCCUCCCGGAAACUCGUCCCAGCCUAGCUGCAAACAGAGGACACUUUUUACGGCUUUUAGUCAGUUUUAGAAGGCGCAAGUGAAAAAUUAACCUCUUUCUAUGUAAUACUAUGCUCAGGACAGGCUAAGCAGGUCUGAAGGAAGAGAGCCGUUCGUGAGGCAAGUUUCUCCUGAGCCCCAAGCCCCGGCUGGCGGGCGCUGCGCAGCCCGGUGCCGCACCGCCGUGCAGCACCGCCGCGCGAGAACGGAGCACAAAGUCUGACACGGAGACGCUAAAGAGUCCAAGAACCUGUUUUUAAAUCUCAGGCAUGGUUUUGUUAAGUGUUCUAGGGAAAAAAAAAAAAAAGAUCAAAUUUACAGGUUUCUCUUUUUUUUUUAGUUUCUUUGAUUUAAUCAGUGAGUAUAGCUUGAUCUUGGAUCAGAAAAAUUCAAUUCACUUGAGCUCAAAGUAUCAAGCACAAAGACAAUAGCUAUAGAAAUAGGUACGAUUCUGGACUCACUACAGCUGUUAUUUUGAGAUGCAUUCUAAUUUACAAAGUUGAUAGUGAAAAAGUAUGUGACUACACAAGUCUCAAGCACAGUUUGCAGUUUGUCACAAAUUCUGUGUUUGUACAUAAUGCAGAUGCACACUCAGGAGGUCAAUUUAACUGCUACAGUACAUGGAGCAAACACAAUGUUUUGAAAGAUCUAGAUAUUUUUAGGUCAUUAAUAAGCCCUUUUCAGUUACCAGGAAUCUAGUUUCUCCUUUGUAGUCUCAUUGUUACUGAGAAGUAUUUAGCGUUCAGUGUAUUUUUGUUCAUUUUUUUGAAAAUCCUUAUGGGAAUUUUAUGGUACUUUCAAGCAGGAAAAAAAAAAAACAAACAACCACAAACAAGCCCUUCAAAUGUCAUUGAGCAUGUUAGAUGUGCUGCAUAUGACUUAAAUAUGCCAUUUAAGCCCAUUACAUUUUAAGUUCUUUUCAUCCACCAGUCCGCCAAAGCUGACGAGAACACAGCACACCAAAGAGACAGGAUUUCUGCAAGCCAAAGAUAUUUGUAACUCACCGUUUUCUUUUCGUCAUCGUUAGCGUGGUCGUUCUUUUAGAGAUCAGAAAGCCUCACAAAUGCCAACCCGUUUAUAAAUCUCUCACGGUCAUUUGCUGUACAAUUGAGCAGAAAGUGAGCGCUGACAAAAACAUGUGAGCAAAGUCCCGAACGGCGCGGCGGAGCUAUCACAGCCACCUCGCUGCAGCCACAGCAGUCUUCGAGUAGCAAACGCGAUCCUCGCCGCCGGAGCGGUCACGGUCACUCGAUGUGCGUCCUUACCAGUGAAUGGCCCCUUCGGAGCACGGCCCCGUGUUCGAAAGCAAGCCAAACGCUGUCAUGCUUCUUUAGAGACACUUGAGACUUUUUUUAUGUACUACUUAAUCGAAACCAAAGAAACGUUUUCUGCACCUACUUCUUCUGCAACAAACUGUUCCAUUUAAAAAUAAAAUAAAAAUAAAAAAACAAGGAAGCACGUCAGGAAGCGAACAAGUAACACACUGUGUUUUGACAGACAUCUUGGACAUUUUAGGAAGCAGAUUUCAAAGAAAGGGUUGACAAGAACAAAAACAAAGUAAAGCCAGUAUAUGAUUGCUGCUUCAUUUGACAACUCAGUAAUCUUAAAGUUGAAGAUUGUCUUUAAUUUGUGCCUAUGCAGUUUUUUUCAAAAGAACAAGGAACAGAGCAACCAAAACCUCAACAGCUACAAUACCAAAGAUGAGGAUUCUCACAACUGUUUUUUCAGUUCAUUAUCUCCUCUUGCACGACUGAAAUGCGUAUAGCACCAUUGAUCUGUGGAAAGGUAAUCAAUUCCGUUUCUUUGAGCAACACAAAGGGUGGGUUUAUUUAUGUUUUUCCUGUUUCUACCCCACAUGGAAUCUCUCCAGGAGUUGCAUGAACUCCAAGUGUAAGAUGUUGGGAUACUAAACUGAGACAUCUGCUCUAGCUGGAGCCACGUACAAAAAAUGUGUCAGUUGGAUAUUACUUGUUUUGUCAGAUAGAGUUGAUCUCUUGUAUGUUUAGAGCUUUGAACACCCAUCCUUCUCUAUGUGAAAACAGUUGAAAUACCUAUAUACCCUCUUCCUCAUUCCCAGGGAUAAAACUUGCAAUAUAUGUACUGAUUUAUUUCAUUGUAAGUGCUGAGCACCGUUACAGCCUGGCUUAUUAUGAUCAGACCCUGAUCUGAACCGUAACUGAGUUUCAGCAAUUCAUAUGGCAAAUCAGUAAUUUGUUUUGACAUAUUAUGUUGUCCCAGUCACGAUGAUGCAAAUCAUGACAUGCAAACCAAGUUCAGAGCUAUGCCCAGUGUAUUAUUUUGUUCCAUCUCCACAUUUAAAUGAAAGCUCUUUUUUUAAUUGCUUUGCAAAACUGCUGCAGUCAUUUUCCAUUUUUUACUUUAGAAAAAAAAAUCAAAACACCUUGUCUGCUCAGGACAGGAAAGUUUUCUGAGAAGUAAAUUUGGGAUCCUCACAGCAGCUAAACUGACAACACAUACCAGCUCUGGGAAUUAAAAGUUCCUUAAACACAGAUUUCCCAGACUGAUCGAAUGGGAUUCCAAAAAGCCUCCUAAUCAGGCAUGGAAUAAAGUUGGAAAAAAGACGGUUCAGGUCUGGGCUGGUGCAUGCUGCCUCCAGGCGUGAGUUCGUCAGCACACAGCAGGGCGAGGGCCCGGCCGAGGGGCUGUGGUCAGAUUCACUUUUACCCUUGUUCACAUCUCACGGGGCCCAUGCCACCUGGCCUCUACAUACACAUUGUGAGCGUGGCAUUGACCUCAUGGGAAAUUUCUCAUUCUGAAAGUUUUUUACUGCAUUUCGUAGCAGCAUUGUGCAAUGCUGUUUUUCGGUUUACUUUUCUCUCAUUCCAUUCCAUAAUGCCUUGGUAACCGUACAAAGAAUGGACACAGCACGGGUUAAAAACCCAGAACACCAUUUCCUACCUUCACUGUAGCUCACUGCAAUUGCAAGGCAGAGAAGUGUAUCUCGGAAGAGACAAGUCUCGGGCGUCACAUCAGGAGCGUGCUUGACAGCCGGCAUCCCUGCCGCAGAGCAGAGGGACUUGGGGUUCACUUCACAUUAGGAACAGCCACAGGCUGGCAGAUUUGGCCUCUUGAGUACCACAUGCCUUAGAGGCAAAGAGGAGCAUGUCCUGUUCUCAUGGAGUUUAUGAACAAAAACCUGUUCUUUUUAUUUCAUUUUAGAGUUCGUACCAAUAGCUGUGACAAAGUACAGAUCAAAUACUGAAUUAUAUAUAUAAAAAAAAAGUAUCUUCAAUGAAAUUAUUAAUUAUCUCCAAACUGUGGAAGUUCUUGUUAUGCAAUAUUAUGACUUAAAUUCUUGCCUUGAUCUUUCAAAUGUUGAUCUGCAGUCUCACACUGGAAGCAACAUAAUUGUGCUGACUGAGUAGUACUGAGGAUGAUGUUACUGCCCAUACAACAGUAUUUGUUUAGUGAAGUGUGUGAGCCUUCUCUGUGCUGGGGAUUGCAAAUAUAACAGUGCCCAUGUUUCCUUCGUAUUUCUCAAAAUUCAUUUUCAUCUGAAUACGUGAAAAUGCCAUUGCAUUUUUUUAUCCCUGCAACUUUCAUGGCCCUAUGUUGUCUUCCAUUUCACUGUCAACCAUUGUAGGCAUUUAUGUAGCAGCUGACUCAGAAGAGGAGUGGCGAUAAAAUAUGCUGUGGGUAGAUAUAUUUGUAUGUACACACAUACAAUAUAUACUAUAUUCUGUUCAUACUUAAAAAAACACAAAACUCAGAUAUGUUGCGUUUAUAUACCAUAUAUUUAUGAAUCUAUAUAGCUGUGUAAUGUAACUUGUUCCUUUCAUUUAUUCUGAUACGAGAGACCAGUUUGUACAGACAGUAUCCCAGCAUCUUCCUUACUGUGAACUUGGAGUUACUAUCAUGGGCACAUCCAAGAUGAAUUCAACUUUCAAGAAACCCUGCAUAUUAUUUAAUCACCUGUGAAGGAACAAAGAAUGUGCUUGAUUACUUCGGUUGAAUAGCUUUAUUCUGGAUCUCUCUUAACUAAAGCUAAAUCCAAAGACCUGAGAAGGACUAAACCAGCAAACUACUCUCAAUCCUGCAUGAGGGAAUAGGGAUCACCUCUUCCAAAACAAAACACGGUAAUGAUAUGGUAUUGGAAAGGGUGCGUUAGCUUUGGAAAAAAAACAAACAAACAAUGUUUUUCUUGCUUGUCACAAUACGUACGUAUUUUUUAAGACACAAGGAAACUUUAUACUUGGCCUCCUUUAUAUUUAUUAAGGGGAAUUUUUAUUGUUUAAUUUUUUUUAAAAUGCAAAGUUUAAAAUGGUUUUAUUUUUCUUCCAGACACUUGUGGGUUUUAACCCAAUAUAUUAUCUAUCAGUAAUGUAAUUUAUUUAGUUUAGUCUUAAAGUAGGUCCUGAAAUCUCCGUUCAGUCUAAAUCCCACCGAGUUUCAUUUUAUUUUUAAAGUUCAAUGGGAGUUUUACCUGAAGACAGACUACAGGAUCAGGGUCAAAUGUUAGUUAUUCAAAACUAUUUAAUUCAACCGUUUAUUAAUUUGGGGUUAAUUUUGCUUAUUUAUCCAUUUUACUGUUUUAGUGCAUCAGAGAUGCAAGCCUGUGUUAGUAAAUACACUUAAAAGUUAGUUUUGCUUCAUAAAGCAACCAAGUUCUGUUACAGACAGGAGGAAAAUAACAAGUUACAUAAAACAGGAUUUUAAUUUUAGCGUCUUCUUUUAAUUGAUUUUAAUUGUUAAAUAUAAAAUUUUAAAUUAUUUAAGUUAAUCUCUUCCCAUGUGAUUAGAAAGUGCAACAUACCUUUAUUAUGGCACAUAAAGUCUUCGUAAUAUAAUUUAUUUAUUUAACUUAUUCAUCAUCACCUAAAGAUGCCCUUGUAUAGUUUUUAUUUUUUAUUUAGAAUUACCUUUAAAGCACUACAGAUGUUUUUCUGUCAGAAAACAGAGCAAAUUUUGAGGACAAGCAAUGAAUAUUCAACCUGAAACUGUGCAUUCAGAAACAAUAGGAGGAAAAGACACUGAGAUGCUUUGCCUGAACUUUGUGGCUUCUUAAACCUUAAGCUGGGGGAAAAAUAAUACAUGCCAAGCAAAAAGAGAGAAACCCUUAAACUAGCUGCUUCCAAGAAUGAACUUCUGUGUGUGUAAAAAAGAGAAAAAAAGAAAAAAAAAGGAAAAAAGAAAAAAAGAAAAAACCUUUCUAUUUCUAGUGAGAACCAAAGAGGCUACCUCACUGACUUUUUCCAUUUGUAAUUUUAAUCGUGUUGAUGAUACCAAAGAUACCAAAGAUUUCUUUCUCUGUGCGGUCUGCAUUUUGCUUGUGCUCUUUUAUAGUUUUAACUUUUCUCUCCUACAUACAGUAAUGUACAGCUGCAACCCAGAUACCCCAAAGAAAUACUUCUUGUGGAAGCUGCUAAUUCCGAUGAUGCAAUUUUCUGUGUUUACCUUAUGCUUUUCUGCCAGCCAAAAAUGUCUGAGGCUGAGCAGAGCAGGCUCGGCGCCGUGAAGCCCUCGCACACCUGCCCCACUCACCGAAUCCCAGUGGCCGGAGCACUUGUGUUGGCCUGGAGAUGGAUCAGGGUCGCGUUCAGCAGCUGAGUCCUUGGUGAAAGGUUGCUGCCCGUUGUGCACAGAGGUCCUGCUGAGGUGUCUGUGGGUCUGCUCUGGCAGCAGCAGCAGGACUAGAUCAGGGCUGAUGUGAUGCUGGAAGGCAAUGCAAGCGGCUGGUCCAGCAGCCCCAGGCUAGCAAAGCCACUGUGGACAGCCAGCCCAAAGGGGUAGGAUUUGUCUACCGAGUUCUGGCCAGCUGGAAAAUAAGCAUCAAUUCCGUGCUCAGACAGAGCCCCAGGCACUGGGAGGAGCAGCUCCUGUCUAUUCUUUGACCUCCUGUAGGUGCCAGCAGCUGGGAAGGGGGGAUGCUCAGGGAGGAUGCUUGCUUUCAUGCUAUCAAGGGCACAUUGUUUUCCCUCAGCACAGAGCAGGGAUGUGGAAAGCAGCCCCGCCGUGGCCCAAGGCACCCAGAACACCCCACAGGCUCCCUUCUGCCCGGCUUCCCCAGCUGUGGCCGCCUCACAUCUCUCCCAGGCUGUGUGCGUGGGUCGGCAGCGGCUCGGCUCCGUGCCGAAAUGGUUCCCUGCACCCUGCCUGGGCACUGCCCGCCGGGCGUGGGCCCCGUGGUGCCUCCGGCUCAGGCCAGGGGGGAGGCAGCGGGUUCCUGGCCAGCCCCGGAGGCUCUGCAAACAGCUGCUCGCUCCUGCGCACAUUGCUGUUGUUGUCGUUUACAGUUUUCAGCUGAAAAUCAAUUAAUUAUUUUUCUCAAGUUAGCCAUGAAACAAAGACACAUUAAGCUCCAUUAGUAUCAUAUUCCUAAAUGAUUACUUAAAAGUUGGCUGUUGGGGAAUAAGUGGUGCCCUUUGCUGUUUGUCUCCUUGAUCCUGUUGAUAGGAUUGAAUGCGCCGCCCUGGGAGCGAGGCGCGGCUGGCUCUCCACGUGGCUUAUUCCUCCACACGGCCCUGCGCCAGCCCUUCCGCUGCGGGCACGGCCGGCUCCUCGCUAAAAGCGAGAAGAAGGUCUGCAUGGGGUGGCAGAUAGGCUAAAAAGAGAAAAAAGACACUCAUCCGGAUGCCAGGCACAGAGUUUUGGCUGAGCUGGAAAGCCGGCUUGCAACCCCUGGCGCUGCCUGGCCUCGCAGCAGGGCCGCGCGAGGAGAGGAGGCCACGCAGGGGAGGCCGGUGGCGGCGCAGGGCCCCGCGGCAGGAGGCAGGCGUCGGGGGAGGCUCCAGCCCUUCACCAAGCACUCGGCGCGAGCAACGCGGUUUGGGCCCCCACCGACAAAUUGCCCACGGCUCAACACAAAAGCUCCGCUUUAAUUAAAUGUUGCCUUUUGUUUCCUAGUUCACUUUUUUUUAAGUCUGUAUUGGAAAAGAUAGGGACUUGACAAGUGUGCUUUUUAUAUCUCUCUCUAUAUAUAUUCCUUCAGUAAAAAGCUAUAAUGACUCUCAGGAUGCCUUCUUGGUGUGGCAGAGAUGAGCGAUUCCCUGUGCUCGGCAACACCCCCGUGCCGUGCCCUCUGCCACCUCACCGUAAGGAUCAGUGACGGGCUGGACACAGAAAAUACUCAGAAUUGGCAGGCUCCUCUACAGCGAUUGCAUUUCUUACCAGACCCAUGCUUCACUUGCAAAGUGUGACAUUACCACGGGACGAGUGCCUUGCUUGAACCAAAGCAACGAUUUUGCCAGUCUAGACCUCUCUGUGCUUUUUUUUAUUCUUCCUGUGAAUACCUCAGCUUCAACUGGGCCGCCAUAUCGUACCUGGUGGGCUUAUUGUACUGUGGUGCUUUGCAAUGCAACCCUGCAAAGAACAAACUUGUAAUAAUACCAAAGGCUCUUUUCCUCCUCUCCUCUCCUCUCCUCUCCUCUCCUCUCCUCUCCUCUCCUCUCCUCUCCUCUCCUCUCCUCUCCUCUCCUCUCCUCUCCUCUCCUCUCCUCUCCUCUCCUCUCCUCUCUUUUUCCCUUUUCUCCUCUUUCUCUCCCGCUUCUCUCCAUCUCUGUCUCCCUCUCCCUCUCCCUGCCCUCACCUCUCCUCCUUUUCUAUUUCUUCAUGGUUCCAAAGCUUUAAUAUAAACCUGGGCAUGUUGGCAACGCAGACCGUGCAAUCCCUUACCGAAUUUUCUCAGAUAUACCUCAUAGAUAAUAGUUGUUUAGAGUAAUGUUAUUAUAGCGUAUGUAAUAAAUUAUUCACUGUUUCUUUUUGGUAACUGUGAUUUAAAAAAAAAAAAAAAAGCUUUAUACGUUUUAGGUUGUGCUUUUGUAAU